AAAUGUGGGUUUUUUUUAGAUAAAAUUAAUAACACAUUUUCUGUGUUCAUUCCUGCUUAGAUAUUAACAAAUUCCUCACAUUGUUCCUCCUGGUUACAACCUCCUGUCUGGUUACUACGAUAUUUUCUCUCACUACGGGGAAGGCUUAGCUCAUGAAUAUUAAUUAGAUCACGUAGCCGUUGCUCGGCAACAUUCCUUGAGCGUCCAAUCACUGCCGUCGUUACUAUUCAUGAGAAGAAGCGUCGCCAUAGUAGGAUUUGCUGUUCAUUCAUAGAUGGCAACAAUGUAUGUAUCUCCUGCUUCGUGAAAAGGAGGAUGUGUGUCGUGACUGACGGUCAGUACUUAACAGAAGUUCAGGAACUCGAGUCGCGGUUUUCUUUCUGAAAUGAAGCUGAAGAAGAAACAAAACUCCUCUAAUGACUUACUAUGAGAAAGUUUGCGUCGCUUUUGAGGAAAGCAGUAUUUAUUAGAGAUGAUUACCACUGUGUUACCAACUGUGCCCUCCACGAGCUCACCAGUGGACCAGAGGACAAUCUACGUGGGUGCAUUCUGUUGCCUGGCAUUUUUUCUGAUGAUUGUGGUGUUGCUGUUUACUGUGUUUCGGAAGAUUCCUCCCUGCUGCAAAAAGAGGGUUUAUCAGGAAUCCCGUACUGACAUGGAAGCCCCACCGCAGUACUACAACAGCAGACAGACUCUCGUGGGUUCCUCUGAUAUGGAGCAAACAGGUGACACAGGUCAUGAUAAUAUGAGUGCACAGAGAGGGUCUUUGUUCCUCAUUGGUGUGCCCAGCAGCUACUAUCUUUCCUCGCUAGAGCCUUCUCUUCCUCGUCUUCCCUCUUACGAGAGCGUACGCAAGAAAGACAGACAACGGCAGAUUCACAUGAUGAUAGCCGAUCGCUUUGGACUGAAUGGAUCCGGUGAACCUGAGCCACCUCCGACGUACGAGGAGAGCAUUCGUCAGUCCGUCCAGUCCAUCGAUGUUCCCAUUGACAUCCCGGCACCUGACGAGCCACCAGACACUUCACCUCCAGCCUCUGAGCCCGGCACAGAUCUCCCUUCAUAUGAAGAGCACAUCACAGACUCACAAAAUCCCAGCGACACACUUAAUUAAAACCCAUCUCAUGGGAAUGUGUGGAAAUAAAAGAUGAAAUAGUGAUGAA